AUGCAGCCCCAGCGACGCCUGCGUGAGUCCCUCACGCCCCAGCAGCUGCGUGAGUGGUACGCUGGUUGGGGCUGUAGGGGUGGCGGCACUACUCCUACUACCACUCCUGCUGCUUCUACUCGUGGUGGCGGCCAGAUGCAGCUCCCGCGACCCUCUCGCGUGUCUCUCACGCCUCGCCAGCUUCGUGAGUGGUACGCUCAGAGUGGAGGGUCUCUCAGUGCUGUUCGCUGCUCUUACGUGAUUCGCACUGGUACUCGGACUGGUAUAGGACCUGUUGCUCUAGCUACUGGUGAGGCUGCUGCUCUGGGUGCUAGUGAGUCUCCUGCUCCAGGUACAGGUGCGGCUGCUGCUCUAGGUGCUAGUGAGUCUGCUUCCUCAGGUGCGGGUGAGGCUGCGCUCUCAGGUACCGCGUUGGCUUCGGCCUCCCUCACCUUUACACUUGACUCUGGGGCUUCUCGCUCCUUCUUUCGGGACCGCACCACACUCACGCCGCUUGGUCGGCCGGUUGCAGUCUCCCUGGCUGACCCCUCUGGGGGUCCUGUCCUCGCUCACUUUUCCACUGUCCUCCCGUGUCCGGCUGCCCCCUCGGGCACCCUGUCUGGCCUGUACCUCCCCUCGUUCUCGACGAACUUGGUGAGUGGUGCAGACCUACGGGAUGCGGGGGUUCACCAGUUCACUCCUGCGAGUCAGCGGGUGACCCACUGCACGGACGCACGCACAGGUCGGCACCUGGCCACGUUCUCGCGUCGGCCGGGGUCGAGCCUCUACACCCUGACCACUGAGUCUCCUCCUGUCCCCGCGUCCGGUCAGGUAGCAGCGUCGGGUCAGGUGUUUGCUGCUGCGUCCAGGUCUGGUCCUGAGUCUGCCCCCUGUUCGUGUCGCCUCCUGUCUCACGAGACUCUCCUGUGGCACCACCGUCUAGGCCACCCCUCCUUGCCCCGUCUUCGGGGCAUGGCUUCCCGUGUCCUUGUCUCUGGUCUUCCCCAGUCUCUCCCUCCCCUUCCUUCGGGACCAGGACCUUCCUGUGUCCCCUGUGUCGAGGGGCGCCUCAGGGCUGCUCCUCACUCCUCCUAG